CAUCGUUAAACGUGCGCUGCCCUUUUUUGUCACCAUUGUCAAAUUUCCACCCGCACUCCCUCCGCCCUCCUCUAUGUCUGUGUAUAACUGUAUAUAACUAUAUUAUAUAUAGCCACUCAUAUAAAUCUCAAUUCGUCUGUAUCGAUCGCCGGCGUCCUUAAAUCUUUUUCUUUCAUCAUGAGAAUUGAAAAUCGAUCAACUCUUUCAAGGAUGAAUGAUUUCCAUGUGACCAUACUACAGAUUUGUGAGUGGAGUUUUGUAGAUAUGAAGCGGAAGUGGAGUUUGAGAGAUGAAUCAAUGGAUAUGGAAGAAGAAUUACCAUUAUGCCGCUGGUUAAGGGGAUCCUCAAGUUCCUCAGACAGCAAGGCAAGUUCAGCCACCAUGUCUUAUCCAAAAGAAACCGAUGAAGUAGAGUCGUCAAUGGAUUUCAGUCUCCAUAUUGGUGGCAAGAAAGUCUCUAGUUCCAAUAAGCUAUCUCUUGAUCUUCAAAAUCAAGUUGACCUUGAGUUGACUCUCUCCUCUACUCCAACAAGUUCAGUCACCUCUUUAUCCGGAAUCACACACCACCAUCACCAUCAAGUACAAGGACAUGGUGGUGGUGGUGGAGUUUGUACAAAGAGUGUCCAUGGUGGGACCCUUUUUUGUGUAGCACAUGGUGGUGGGAAAAGAUGUGUUGUGAAGGAUUGUACAAGGAGUGCAAGGGGGCGACAUGGCGGGGGUAAAAGAUGUAAAUAUGAAGGGUGUGGGAAAAGUGGUGAAGGUAGUAGUGAUUUUUGUAAGGUUCAUGGUGGGUUGGUGGAGGAUAAACGUGUCCAUGGUGGGGCCACUUUGGGACCACCUAAGAUGGACAUGAAUGUUGAUACAAGUGUUGUUAUGACAUCAAGAGUCACAGAAGGAAGGAUUCAUGGUGGAAGUUUUUGA